GAUCCACACGGGUUCUCUCGGUCUGCGGUUGAACAACGUGUCUCAGCCUUGGGCGCGGUACUUAGGCAGGGCUGCGCAGUGCGUCUUGAGCACUACUCGCAGCGCUCCCAUCGACAACUGACCAACAUGACUACUUACCCGCGGAUUGCAAAGACCUUGACUUCCAGCGACGGGACGCCCGUGUAUGCCGAGGCCGUCGGCGACCGUAGUAAGCCCAGCCUGGUCCUUGCGCAUGGCAUAUACGCGUCCGCCGCUAUAUUCGACAACUUGUUCACCGACGAGCGGCUACUUGCGGAGGUCUACCUGAUCCGUUACGACCUGCGGGGGCACGGGAGGAGCGGAAAACCUACCAACCCAGAGGCGUAUGUUUCGUCGUUGUUUGCAGACGACUGGGCGGCAGUGGCGCGCGAGUUCGGUGUGAAGCGACCUAUUUGGUGCGGAUGCCCUGACGUGCGCGCUUCAGCGACCAUCGCAUGCGACAUGUAUGCGCACCUAUCUAACGAAACCAUCUCCGGGAUGGUCUGGCUGGCUGGCGUGCCCUACGUAGGGCCAGUCUUCAAUCAGAUCGCCAGGGAAGAAGGGCGCACCUACCUCCCGGGACACAUGAACGCCACCGACGUGGCAACGUACCGUGAGUCGAAGACCGACUUCGGCGACAUGCUCUUUCAAGACCCGGAUGGCAUGGACUUCAAUCUGAAGAUGUCGUGCCUCGGCAUGGCAUUCCUCCUGUCGCCACAGGUGACGCAGAACCUCCUCACGCGCACGCAGGAUCCGACCAAAUUCUAUGAGGCGGGCGCAAAGGGUCUGCCGUUGUUGGUCAUGAACGGAUCCGAAGACAAACUUGUCGACGGCAAUGUCGUAGUGGAUGAGGCGAAGCGACACUUCAAGAACAUGGAUGUGUAUACCAUCGAAGGUGGCAGCCAUACGCCGUGGAUUGAGCACAAGGACGAAAUUGUCACAGAGCUGUUGAGGUUCGUACAGAGAGUCACAGGUCCCGCCGCGUAG